AUGGUAAAGAAGAAUACUAUCCCUGAUGGAUGGCGGAGUUUGACACCAGUUGGACAGCCUAUACCAGGAACUAGAUUUAUUGCCUUCAAAGUACCUUUAAAAGGGGCAAUUAACCAGAGGCUUACCCCGACCCAGAAAUUUACACCAAAAGACUUAAUUGCUGCUAUGAAAGCCUUAAAUGUGGAGCUUGGAUUAAUUAUUGAUUUAACAUAUACCACACGAUACUAUGAAGUUAAGGAUUUACCUAAAAGCGUGCAGUAUAAGAAACUUUAUACCAUUGGACUUGAAGUCCCCGAUAAUGCUACUAUCCUACAGUUCAAAAAGUGGGUCAGAAAAUUCCUAUGGGAAAAUGUGGGAAAUGAGAAACUCAUUGGCGUUCACUGUACUAAUGGAAUUAAUAGAACUGGCUACCUUAUAUGUAGAUAUCUUAUAGAUGUUGAAGGCUGGGAUCCAGAGGCAGCAAUUCAAGCUUUUGGUGAUGCUAGAGGUCAUUGCAUGGACGGUCUUGUGUAUCUUACGGAUCUCAGAACACAACCAAUGAGAAGUAACCUUGGAAUGGAUGUAUGGGAUUCAAAUGAAGAUAUUCUUCCCCCGCCACACGGAAUGGAAGGACCUGUAGAGGGGUUCCCAAAUGAAGAUUUUCAGGGGUCUGGGAAAAGAUUAAGAAUUUAUGAUAACCACUCUCACAAUGAUUUGCAAGGAGACAUACAGUUGAGAGAUUUUGAUUUCAUUAAUAAGGGACCUGGACAAAGACGAAGACCAUUUCAUGACCAUCAGGCUCAGGAUGAUUUAAGAGCACCAAUGCAGAUAAGAAAUUGGGACUACAACAGGGGACCAGGACAGAGGCGAAGACCCUUUCCUGAUCACCAGUGUUACGAUGAUUAUCAAGAAGACCUGCAGCUGAAGGACCUAGACUUCAGUAACAAGGGACCUGGACAAAGGUUGAGACCUUUUCAUGGACACCAGUUUCAUGAUGAUGUACAGGCAGAGAGACAGUCGGGGGACGUUGAAUUUAACAGAGGCCGUGGACAAAGGCAGAGAUCGUUUCCUGACCAUCCAUCUCACAGUGAUUUGCAGGAAGACAGGCGGUCAAAGGAUUAUGAUUUUGGUAGCAGGGGCCGUGGCCAGAGACGAAGACCGUUCCAUGACCACCAAUCUCACAAUGAAUUUCAGACUCAGAUGCAGUUGAAAGAGUUAGAGUGUGUCAGCAAAGGUCCUGGACAAAGACUGAGAUCUUUCCAUGACUAUCAGUCACAUGAUGACUUGCAGCCACAGAUGCAAUUGGGAGAUUUUGAAUUUGUUAACAGGGGUCGUGGGCAGAGGUUGAGACCUUUCAAUGAUCACCAGCCUCCCAAUGACUUACAAACAGAAAUGAAACUAAAAGAUUAUGAUAAUAAAGGUCCCGGACAAAGGCGUAGACCUUUUCAUGACCAUCAGCCUUAUGACGACUUACAGGAACAGACUCAGUUAAAAGAUUUUGAUUAUGUUAAUAAAGGGCAUGGACAAAGGCCAAAACCUUUUCAUGAUCGUCCAGGUCACGAUGACUUGCCACAUGAAUGGUGUUCAGACAG